AUGGAAACAUAUUUCGGUUUCGUUAAAUCUCCUCAAGAUGCUAUUCUAUUAUUUGAAGCUUGUCGGAUAGGUUUCUUAUCCCGUAUUCAACGAAGAUUAAGUGAAAAAGAAAGAUCCUCAAUCCGUUCCGGUUCAGUCUUUGUAUGGGAUGAACGUGAAGCUGGCAUGAGAAGGUGGACUGACGGAAAAAGUUGGUCUGCUAGUCGUGUUAGUGGAAGUUUCUUAACUUAUAGAGAACUUGAAUCAAAACGUAAAUCAAAUUCUCGUGGUUCAAAUAACCCUCACGAUUUAUCAAGUGAAGAUACUGACUCAAGUGAAUCCUACCAUUCCGUAACAAAGAAGUCCAUGUCUGCUACUGAACAAUGCAGAUAUAAACAUGGUGGUCUCGUUAAACAAUCCUUCAGCAUAACAACAACUGCUCACCAAAAACUUCAUUUAAUUUGCUAUUACACUAAAGCUGAUGUCAUAAAUGAAAAACUUCAAAUUCCUAGUCAUGAUGAAAAACUUAAGAGUAUCGUUAUACCAAAAGGAAUAUCAAUUUCUCCAAGUCCUUAUUGGCAAUUACAACAAUCUCAUGCUGCUGCUCACCAACAUCGACAUUCUGCCGAACCUAUGCAAUUUGAUACUCAAUCUGCUUGUUCGACUCCAUCUAUUUCUUCUUCCCCUUCAACUACUGAAGAUGAUUUUCCAAAUUUCUUUGGUCGUCAUAAUUAUUUACAACAUCAUCCUGGUGGUAGUACUUCUUCGUUACCAGUAUAUCCUCCCUCAAAUUUCAUUCAACCACAAUCUGAUAAUAAUUCAGUUUUCGGAAAUGGUUCACAGCCUAUUAAUAUUCCUAAUGCAAAUUCAAGGUUUACUUUCCCGGCUCCUCCACAACUACCGUUCCCUGCUUCUUAUCCACCUCAAUCUUCUCAAACUAGUGGUUCUCAAUUACUACCGCAGGAUAUCCCAUUGGAAACAUUAGAAAAGAUGAUUAGGAAUACAGAAGACCAACGUCAAUUGAAUGCUAUUUAUACUACCCUGAAGCUUUAA